UGAAAAAGCGGCCGCGCUACCGCGGGUGCGUGACGUCAUGCCGCUUGUUGGCUCCACCCCGUGAGGCCUCUAGAGCGGACGUGAAGCGGUUGCUCCUCAGCUUUUAUAGAGAGCGUGGUCCUACGUGUGAGGGAGCGAUGCUGAGCCUCGUGAGGAGCCUGACCUCCUUCUUCUGGAGAGAAGCAGAGCCUUGUGAUGACCAGGGACCUGGCCAUGACUUUGGAGCUAUAAGAGUUACGGAUGGAGUGGUUACUCGCUUUUGCAAUGACUAUGGAAUGAUAAAUGACCAGAUCUAUUUCACGCAUGAUGAUGUGAUUGGUCGAGAGCCUUUAGGUGUUGGGCAAAAAGUAACUGUUUCCUAUGAUGAAGACAAGACAUCUGGAGGCUGGAAAGCCAUAAAGGUACAAUGUAUCUCUGGCAAGUGGGAAAUGAACACCCCUGAUAAUAACAAUGUGUUGGACCUUAACAUAAGAGUUUUAAUUGGGACAAUUACAUUUUGCAAUAAAGAUGGAGGAGAAAUCAAUCAGACAACGUUUUUUUCCAUGUGUGAUGUGUGUGAAGGAUUUAUCCCUUACAAAGGAGACUGGGUAAAAGCAGAGUAUUACAUUAAUCCAUCUACAUGGAACAGUGAAGCAGUUUCAGUAAAGCCUCUGAGAUGUAAACGAGUAGACCAGGUGAAAAUCUCUGCUUUCUAUGGGAUGAGUGGUGUAAUUGAUGACAGUAUAUUCUUCACCAUGGAUUCUGUAAGACUACCGGAAGGCUACAAACCUCAGCGCAAUGACCUGGUUAAUGCAGUAGUAGUAGAAAGUAACCAGUCCUGUUAUGUGUGGAGGGCACUUUGCAUAGCACCAUCUAACAAAAAUGGAAUGUCAUCUGAUACUGCAUAUUCAGACAGUCAGCAUUCUGUUUUGAUGAUGAACAAAGGAGGCUUGGAAGUUUCCAGGAUGACUAAUUUUGGAAUGAUCAAGCAAGGACAGACAAAAUCUUUAAACAUUUCCAUAGAGAAUAAAGGAAAUGAUGCUCAUUCAUUGGUCUCUUGCAAAGUAGCCGGUUUGGAAAAGGAGAAUAAGUUCAAGUUUGAAACGUCUGCUCCUAAGUCAGAUUUGAGAAAAAUCUCCUCACAGUCCUCCAAAUCUUUUUCAUCCAUGUGGAAUGCAUCCAGUUGUAUUGAUAAUGAGAGAUCUAAUGUUUUGCUUUCUGUCUUGUCCAAUGCUGAUCAUCUUAAUGCUAGAUUCUUCAAUAUGCCCUACUUAACUUCAGGUUACCGUUUGAAAAGUAUGCCUGGUUCUGGUUCUUCUGUCAAAACCAAACCGCAUUCUCCCACUAAGGAUGCAGUAAUGAGUCCUAAGCAGGGACUACCUGUAAAAGACAACCAUUUGACAGAAUUUAAUGGGCAUUUGAAACUAGGUUAUUUUCCCACCUACAAUGGAUCAAGUGAUUUGGAUUUAAACAAAGUGGAAGCAUGUGAUUCUUCAAGUGCUGCCAAUGAUGAGGCAUUGGUGAUUCAUCCUGGAGAGAGGAUCUUCAUCACAGUCACUUGUGAAGCAAGAAAUCCAGGCCGCUGCAGAGAACUUGUAUUACUUUGUUUCCAAGAUUUUGUUAUUGGACGCUACAUUGAAGCCACUGUUGAAAGUGAGGAAGAGUUAUUACUGCUUCCAUCUAAGGAAUUUUCUUCCAGUGACAAGAAAAAAUUAAGAGAAACAGAACAAAACACCAAUAAGCCAGUAGUUCUGUUAGCACCACAGAAAAGACCAUCUAGAAGACAGCUUCCAAGUUUUAUUCCAAUUUACUCUAUACCAGAAAGGCUUAAGAAAUGUGUGGAGCAAAAUAUGAAUGUACUGGCAAUAGAACCUUGUCUUGGUGAGUUGCUUACACUGUCAAAUUAUCAAAGGAAAAUGUCAACUUUACUUUGGCUUGAGGAUAUCCACAAUGAAUUAGAAAUGAAAGAGUUAAGCCUGAGUGCUGUUUGCUUACAGAAGCGUGGUGGUUUUUUGGUACUGGAAGUGCCUGGUAUCAUAGAAGGAAGACCCUCCCUAUAUCCGGGGGACAAAGUCCUGUUGAAGUAUGAUUCGAAUAGCUCUACAGUAGUAGAAUUUGUUGGCACUGUUGCCGAAAUACACGAUGAGGAAGUAGCACUACGGGUUAACUCAAACUUGGAGCAGUCCUACAACUAUGAACCGAUGAAUAUAGAGUUCACAGUAAACAGAAUCACUAGCAGAAGGUGUCAAUUUGCUGUAGAGCAAGCAAAACAUCUUGGACAAGCUGUGCUUUUUCCAGAAACUGUGAUACUACAGUCACCACAAGUCCUCGCAACAGGGAUUAACAAUCAGGAAUGUAUGGACAAGAAAGUACAGACAGUCGCCCAGCAAGAAAAGCAGCAUAACAAACCACACUCCCGGGAGAAGAAUGCAGUAUCCAUGAGUGACAUGGUGACAGUGGCUACACAGACUAACAGCCAAGGUCAUAAAACUCCAUUAAAGAAAAUGUGCCAGUUCUUUAAUUCAGUGUUAAAUGAUCACCAGAAGUUAGCAGUGACGAGAAUAUUAAGUGGAGACUGCCGUCCUACUCCCUACAUUCUCUUUGGACCUCCGGGUACAGGAAAGACUGUUACAGUCAUUGAAGCUAUCCUGCAGAUUUAUUAUGCUUUGGCAGAUAGUCGUAUUUUGGUUUGUGCACCCUCUAACAGUGCUGCUGAUCUUGUGUGCCUCCGACUUCAUGAAAGUGGCCAUUUAGAACCUGGUAGCAUGGUGAGAGUGAAUGCUUCCAGCCGUCUAGAAGAGACAAUUAAUGACCUAGUGAAACCAUACUGUGGACCCGGAGAAGAUAUUCAGAAAGCCUCUCGAUUUCGAAUAAUAAUUUCUACAUGCAGCAGUGCUGGAAUGUUCUACCAGAUAGGUUUAAGAGUUGGACACUUCACUCAUGUAAUCAUUGAUGAAGCUGGACAGGCCAGUGAACCAGAGUGUCUCAUACCUCUAGGAUUAGUAUCCGAAAUUACUGGCCAGAUAAUUCUUGCAGGAGAUCCUAUGCAGCUUGGACCAGUGAUAAAGUCGAGAAUCGCUUUGGCAUAUGGGCUUAGUAUUUCAUUUCUAGAAAGGCUUAUGGCACUUCCAGUAUAUUUAAGGGAUGAAGAAACUUAUGGUGCUUGUGGAAACUACAACCCUUUGUUGAUUACGAAACUGAUGAAGAACUACAGGUCACAUGCAGCCUUGCUUCAUCUCCCAUCCAAGUUGUUCUACCAUAAGGAACUAGAAGUCUGUGCAGAUCCAGCUGUUGUAAACCGUCUCCUCAGAUGGGACAAGCUGCCCAAAAAAGGCUUUCCUUUCAUUUUUCAUGGUGUCAGGGGAACAGAAAUGCGUGAAGGAAACAACCCAUCCUGGUUCAAUCCAUCAGAAGCUGUGCAGGUCAUGCGAUACUCCUGUAUACUUGCUAAACAUGCCACCACGUCGGUAUCUGCCAGAGACAUUGGUGUGAUUACACCAUACAGGAAACAGGUUGAGAAAAUCCGAACACUUCUGCGAACAGUUGACUUAAGUGAUAUAAAGGUGGGAUCUGUUGAAGAAUUUCAAGGUCAGGAAUUCCUGGUGAUCAUCAUUUCAAUGGUGCGAUCCUGUGAAGAUUCUCUUUAUAGUGAUUCCAGAACCUUGCUUGGAUUCCUCUGCAAUCCAAAACGAUUCAAUGUUGCAACAACUCGACCUAAGGCCCUGCUAAUUGUGCUUGGAAACCCCCAUAUUCUUAUGAAGGAUCCUUGUGCAUGUGCACUGCUUGAAUACAGCAUUAUAAAUGGAGCAUACACUGGAUGUAAUCUACCUCCUGCACUUGAAUCUCUGCAACAGUGUGAUUAAUAAAAAGGAACAUGGCGAAAAGCAGAGGAAUUGGCUGGAUGGAUCAAUCAAACUACCAAAAGAUGCUCUACUAUUUCAAAAUUAUUGUGGUUUUGACAUUUUGUUUUGAAAACAAUGAGAAUGAUAAUAUUAAUGUACAGGAAUGGCACUUUAGUUUCAACACUAGCACUAUUUUUUUUAUUAUGUUGAAUGAAUCUUUCUGGGGCAGUAUUUUUCCAUGUUCACAUAUCUUUGUACAAUAUUGCAUGUAGUAUUUUCUGUAUCUGUCUAGGAAAAGCAUAUAAAUAUUAUGAAUCAUUAAGGAAAUGUAUGCUUCUCAUUAUGUGACUGGACACUUCUGCCUCCUCACUGAUAACAGUGUUAGUCACGUAUUAUGUUAAUAAAGUCAUAUCAAUAGUUACGUUUCUGUUAGUUCAUUCAGUUUUUGGUUUGCAAUUUUUUACAGAGUUCCGUUUUCAGUAAAAUUUCCACAUAUUUAAAGAGGUAUUCCAAAUUAUUUAAACACACUGCAGCCUGCUAAGGCUGUAAUAUGUCUACACUGGCCUAGCCCCAUGCCGGCUUUCAGCUCUUCCCCAGUGUCUGUUUGCUUACACUGAUAGCGCGCCCUCACUGCUCUGCUGAUGACUAUUCCAACAGUCUGCAGUCUCACGAUCAACUGCAGUGGAUUCGGAGUGUCGUCAGGGUGAGUAAACAUGGGCAAUGGGGUGGGCAAGAAGAGUAUGCUGUAGUUUAUUUUUCAGCCCUAUCAGACUGCAAUGUUUAAGUAA